CUCUCCCCUUAAUUCUCGGCCAUGUCGAGAUUGCUGUAAUCCAGCUCUCAUUUUUCUCAAUCCCUAAAUCCCCUUCUUCUUCUUCUUCUUCUUCUUCUCUCCACAUUUCCCAAAUUCUCCUUCUCUCAGCAAUGAGAGCUUUCGUGGCUCCAAAACAGAGACUCACACCUCCUCAGCCAUCAGGUCAUGGUUUUGCUUUGAGAAUUGGACUUCAGUUGCUCUUGUUUGCUCAUGUUAGUUCAAUCUUUGUGAGUAUAUAGGCUGGAAUUGCUUGAUUGUGUAUAUAGUGAAAUUCUUUCUCUGUACAAAUCUGUGAUUUUUAGGGCUUUUGGUUUGGUGAUUGGAUCAUAGAGGAAUAGAAAACAGUUUAUGAAUACUGGGUUUUGAGUAUUAUUUAAUUUUUCGAGGAAAGACUUUUUUUUUUAUGGUGGGGAGAACAUGGUUGGUGUUGAAGGUUUUGUGCAAUUUUGUUGUAUGAAGAGCGGUUUUUCUUAGGUUUAGUUUGUUAAUUUGUAGAGAGAGAGGUAUAGGAGUUAUGGCAUGCAGCUGAGUAGGUCUGAGAAUUUGCUUGUUACUAUGGCCAGUGAGGUAUUGUGCUCAUCGGGUCAAUGGGUGCAGCAAGAGUCGAACUUGGUUGUUCCGAAUAUGGGAAAGAAUGUGCAUAGGAAUGUCUCUGUACAGACGGGAGAGGAUUUUUCCUUGGAGUUUCUUCAGGAUUGUGGAGCGGUGAGAAGAGUUCAUUCUGUACCUGAUGCAGGUCAGAAUUGUGAAAGGCAAGUUGAAGUGAACUAUAAUCAGAAUUGUACUGUGGCGUAUCAGGAUCUUAGUGGUAUUUUGGGGUUGAGGAGAAUGGGUUCUGAGUGUGCAUCUGACACGUCUGAGUUUGUCUUGACAAAUGGGUCAUGUAAAGAGAUCGAAAAUGAGGCUGAUGUUGAUAAGCUAAGCAGACAAAGCGUGAAGGAGUUUGAUGGUGGAAAGGGAUCAAGGAAGGCUUUUGGAGAACUUAAUUUUGAUCGAGCUGGUUUUCGGCCAACUGCUCCACCUGUGAACAUGGCUGAGUCUCCUCAUUCUAACAAUUUAAAUCGGUCAGGAGUGUUGCAUGGUUCUCAAUCUGGGAAGAUGAAAUUUCUUUGCAGUUUUGGUGGCAAGAUUUUACCCAGGCCUAGUGAUGGGAAACUCAGAUAUGUUGGGGGACAGACACGUAUGAUUUCUAUUAGAAAUGGUGUUUCAUGGGAAGAGCUUGUAAAGAAAACUUCUGGUAUUUGCAACCAGCCUCAUAUGAUAAAAUACCAGCUUCCAAAUGAGGAUCUUGAUGCUCUUAUAUCUGUGUCAUCUGAUGAAGAUCUUCAAAAUAUGAUAGAGGAGUAUCAUGGGCUUGAAAGGGAUGAGUGUUCUCAGAGACCACGGAUUUUUUUAAUUCCUCUGGGUGAGUCUGAAAAUUCUUCCCUUGAUGCUGAUGCCAUAUAUUCAAGUAACCCUGAUUACCAAUAUGUUGCUGCUGUAAAUGACAUGGUUGAUCCAAGUCAUAGGAAAACUAAUGGAGGACAAAAUUUGAGUAGUGAAGCAAGUCAACAGGGAACAAAGCCUUUGGUAUCUCAUAAGGAGUUUCAGAGCAAGUUUAAAGCCUUGCAUCAUAGUCAAUUUUUGAGCGAGUCCCAGAAUAUAACUGGGUCUCCAAUUCAAUCCCCUCUUUCCCCUAUUCCACAUCAACAAGCUGAAGUUGAUGAUAGGCAAAUUGGCCAAUUUCAAGAAGGCCAAUGUGACAACCACAAUACCAGCAAAACUGUGGUGUCUACUUCAGCUGUUGGCCAAAAUUUUCGUGACUUUGAUGGGUUUCCCCGUGAGAUGCCAGUGCAUAAGAAAAGAACAUUUCUCUUGGACAUGCCUGUCUCACAGCCAGAAGAUCUAAUAUCUCAGUUGUCAGGUUCCAUUGGUUCUCAUCAUGGCAUGCCACAUGCUCUGUCUGAUUCAAAACUACAAGAGAAUGGAGGGAGGUCUGCAUACUCUUCUCAGGAAAGGAUAAACUUGUCACACCCCUUUAACUUUAUAAAGGCUGAAUUGUCAUUGUUGCAGAACUCAGGUAUCUCACAAGAAAACCUAACCCAACCGCAUGAAAGUAUUGACCCAUUCAAUCCUUGGGUACAGAACAAGUUACACGAUAUUGAGUUGGUUGGACUGCCACCACUGGGCAGAAGACUGAAUUUGCCAAAUUCUUCUCCAUGUUUAGAAUCACUGGGCAAAGAUGAUGUUUCUGGUGAUAUUCAUGACAAAUUCCCAACAGUUACAGAGAAAGAUUUUAUGACUUUAGAACUCCCAAAUAAGUUGAGCGAAAAGGAUAUUUUCCUGCAUCAUGAUGACACCUUUUAUGGGGAAAGAUCACCUGCCACUGAGGCGGCAUGUCAGAAGAGAUUGCCUAAUGUAACAUCUACUUUUGCCUCAGGGGUUGUGGUUCCUGCAGCCAGUGAAUCCAAACCUUUGGUAGAUAAUACAGUGCUGGACCCAUUCCAACUUGGCAAAAACCCUGCUAGUCUUCUUGAAAUAAGUCAAGCAAAUGUCAAUGAUCAGGUUUGUGCUUUGACAGGUAGGUUAUAUGGUGAACAAGGACAAGCUAUUUCAGGGGAUAGGAAUUCUGAACUUUCAGGCCUAUUUGCUAGCAUUGGACAACACUCUUGUGAUGGAAGUUCUUUGGAUGAUCUGCUCUCAGUGACAGUUCUCAAUGAUCUUGAGUUUCAAAAAUGUGAUCAUAUGGUGUUGCAGAAGCCAAUCCAAAAUGCUGCUUUAAAAAGAGAAGUAUCCCUCCUUGAUGAUGAUUUUGGAUGUUAUCCUGCUGCUAGUGUUGAGAAUUUGAGCUUGAAUGGCGAAAAUGUCGCUCUGACACAAACACAGGCCCAAUUGGAUUCAGUAAUAACUGCAGAAGACUUAACCAGUGGUGUUACUCUUGGCAUUCAGUCUUCAUCAGUGGUGUCCCCACAUGUUGCUGAUGAAUCCAUUAGUGAUAUCUUAUCCCCUACUGCAACAGAGGUCGAGAGCAUCAUUCAAGAGUCUGAGUGUGAGGAUGAUAAGGGUGAUAUAGGAGACAAGAAUGAUUCAUUUAGUGAUGCAAUGAUGGUUGAAAUGGAAGCCAGCGUCUAUGGUUUGCAGAUCAUUAGAAAUGCUGAUCUUGAAGAACUACGGGAAUUGGGAUCUGGUACAUAUGGAACUGUUUAUCAUGGAAAAUGGAAGGGAUCAGAUGUUGCUAUAAAGAGAAUUAAAAAAAGCUGCUUUGCAGGGAGAUCAUUAGGACAAGAUCAAUUGACAGACUUUUGGAGAGAGGCACAGAUCCUUUCAAAUCUUCAUCAUCCAAAUGUGGUUGCAUUUUAUGGGAUAGUACCUGAUGGAGCAGGAGGAACAUUAGCCACUGUAGCUGAAUAUAUGGUGAAUGGAUCCCUCAAGCAUGCCCUAGUUAAGAAGGAUAGAUCACUUGACCAGCGUAAAAAGCUUAUAAUUGCUAUGGAUGCAGCUUUUGGCAUGGAAUACUUGCAUUCUAAAAAUAUUGUCCAUUUUGAUUUGAAGUGUGACAAUCUGCUAGUCAACUUGAGGGAUCCUCAACGACCUAUAUGUAAGGUUGGAGAUUUUGGACUAUCAAGAAUCAAACGCAAUACUCUGGUAUCUGGUGGUGUGCGAGGAACACUUCCAUGGAUGGCACCAGAAUUGUUGAAUGGUAGCAGCAGCCGGGUUUCUGAGAAGGUUGAUGUUUUCUCAUUUGGAAUUUCAAUGUGGGAGAUUUUGACCGGAGAGGAGCCGUAUGCAAAUAUGCAUUGUGGUGCCAUCAUAGGUGGGAUUGUAAAGAACACUCUUCGACCACCUAUUCCACAGUGGUGUGAUUCUGAGUGGAAGCUGCUAAUGGAAGAGUGUUGGUCAGCUGAUCCAGAAAGCCGGCCGUCAUUUACUGAGAUAACUAUCAAGCUGCGAGCUAUGUCUCACACAGUUCACGAAAAGGCUUCCGGUAAUCAGACAAGAGACUGA